UCCUCGUUGCAAUUUUAUUAAUUCCCUGUUUUUCAUGCUGCAGCAUGUCAAGAAUGAGGAAGAGGAGUUUAGCAUUGGACCACUAUCUGUUUUAAUGAUGAGUGUUAAAAACAAUACCCAGGUGCUCAUUAAUUGUAGAAACAACAAAAAGCUUCUUGGUCGAGUGAGGGCAUUUGAUCGCCACUGCAACAUGGUUCUUGAAAAUGUCAGGGAAAUGUGGACUGAGGUACCAAAAACUGGAAAAGGCAAGAAGAAGGCCCUCCUGGUUAACAAGGACAGAUUCAUCAAUAAAAUGUUUCUCAGAGGAGAUUCUGUGAUUAUUGUUCUUAGGAAUCCGAAGUAGUAGAUUUUAAUUUGUGAUGAUCUAUACCAACCCUAUGAACACCAUCCCACCAAACAGUAGGUUCGUUCUAAAGGCAUUGCGUAUGUUAUAUACACUUUUGUGAUGCCAUUCCUUCAUACCAAGAUCGGUGGGAGUAUUUAACUGUUCCCAAUUUAGAGCAAACUCACU